CCCUACCCCACUCGAUUAUCUGAGUCAUCUAGUCACCUUAGUCCGUACUAUCCCUGGCACGAUCGCAGCUUGUCGCUUUAUUUUCCCGGCGAUCCGCUUAGCUCAACAUAAUCGAAGUGCAGGUUUCGCACGAAUAAACUUAACCGGGCAGAGGAACGGACGGGCACGAGUCUUCUGGAAGCACUUGACGGAGCGCAGCUCAACUUCACAAUUCUUGAAACCCUAAACGAACGCAGCGUACAACGAGUAAUUCCGAACCUUCGCGGCAGCUAUGAACGCGCUAGCGACGAUCUACGAAGGCGAUGAGGGGGAUGAGGCCCAGGUGCCGGAGCGAGAGGCUAAAGGAGGAGAAGGACGCGAGGAACGAGAGGGACUAGGAGGAGUUUAUGGGAGGUCGCUGAGUCAAGAGCAGGGGAGGGAUGGCGGUGGGGAAGCGCGGGAGGUAGGGAAGAGGCGUUACUAUCGCGCCGCGGAAAACGGCGAGAAUCGCGGCGGCAGAGACGGGGACGGGAAGGCGGAAGAGGAAGAGAAGGAGGAGGAGGAGGACUAUGAGGAGUAUAUCCCCGUUAAGAAGCGACGCCUUAUGGAGCAGCAACGGCUGCUAGCCGCGCGAGCAGCCGCGCGCGGUAUAGCCGUCGGCGCAGGGGGAGGUGGAACUGGGGGAGGCGGAGACGGGGACGGCGCGGAGGGGGAGGAUGGUGCCGGAGCUGGGCCGGAGGCUCGGCCGAGCCUGCUGGUGAAGGCGACGAUGCUGAAGAAGGACCAGCCGGAGCUGAGCCACACGGAACAGGUGCUCCAGGAGGAGCAGGAGAUGUUCGAACGGCUGAGCGACCGCAAGAACCUCAUGAGCGUCAAGGAGCUCGCCAAAGGCAUCCAGUACACCGAGCCUCUGUGGACGGGUUGGAAGCCGCCGAGCCACAUCCGGGCCAUGAGGGAGGAGGAGCGGGCGGAGAUCCGCAAGGCGUGGCACAUCCUGGUGGACGGCGAUGACGUGCCGCCGCCCAUCAAGAGCUUCAGGGACAUGCGCCUGCCGGAGCCAUGUCUCCGUAUUCUGAAAAAAAAGGGAAUUUUGCGACCCACCCCCAUCCAGGUGCAGGGCAUGCCAGCGGUGCUGGAGGGGAGGGACAUCAUCGGCAUUGCCUUCACCGGGUCGGGAAAGACCCUCGUCUUUGCGCUGCCCAUGGUGCUCAAUGCAUUACAAGAGGAGGUGCGCAUGCCGCUGGUGGCGGGUGAGGGCCCCACAGGGCUCAUCGUGUGCCCCUCUAGAGAGCUCGCCCGACAGACAUACGAUGUGGUGAAUGAGUUUGCGGACGCUCUCAGGAACGACCGCAGGGAGCGGUACCCUGAGCUUCGCAGCUUGCUGUGCAUAGGCGGCGUUGACAUGCGGCAGCAGCUGGAGGUGGUCAAGCGGGGGGUGCACAUGGUGGUUGCCACGCCCGGCCGGCUAAAAGACUUGCUUAACAAAAAGCGCAUGAACCUUGACAUCUGCAAAUACCUCUGCCUAGACGAAGCCGACAGGCUCAUAGAUCUCGGGUUCGAGGACGAUAUUAGAGAGGUUUUCGACCACUUUAAAGCCCAGCGCCAAACCCUGCUAUUUUCCGCCACUAUGCCGCGGAAAAUCCAGGCGUUUGCGAAGAGCGCUCUGGUGAAACCGGUUAUGGUGAACGUGGGGCGCGCAGGUGCAGCGAACCUGGACGUGAUCCAGGAGGUGGAGUAUGUGAAACAGGAAGCCAAGAUCGUCUACCUGCUCGAAUGCCUCCAAAAAACGCCGCCCCCGGUGCUGAUUUUCUGCGAGAACAAAGCUGACGUGGACGAUAUUCACGAGUAUUUGCUGUUGAAAGGAGUGGAAGCGGUGGCGGUGCAUGGAGGGAAGGAUCAGGAGGAGAGGGAGGCGGCGAUUGCGGCGUUUAAAGCAGGGAGGAAAGACGUGCUUGUGGCCACGGAUGUGGCUUCCAAGGGGCUGGAUUUCCCGGACAUCCAGCAUGUGGUGAACUACGACAUGCCGGCUGAGAUUGAGAACUAUGUGCACCGCAUCGGGCGCACGGGGCGGUGCGGGAAGACUGGGAUUGCGACGACUUUCAUCAACAAGAACCAGAGCGAGACCAUCCUGCUGGACCUGAAGCAUCUGCUACGAGAGGCCAAGCACGAGACCAUCCUGCUGGACCUGAAGCAUCUGCUACGAGAGGCCAAGCAGCGCAUCCCACCCGUCCUCGCGUCCCUGGACGACCCCAUGGAGGAUGCGGAGGCGCUCGCAGCGGCGUCAGGCGUGCGCGGAUGCGCCUUCUGUGGCGGUUUGGGCCACCGCAUCAGCGAGUGCCCCAAGCUGGAGCACCAGAAGGCACAGGCGAUUUCGGGAACUCAGAAGGAUUACCUUGGGUCUGGAGGCUAUGGAGGCGAAAUGUAAUGGUUUUGAUAAUUCUCAAAAACAAAACACAAACUGCGCAGAAACGAGGCCUGCUUACUGGGAUGGUAUGGCUUCAGGCCAGCAUGGGUGGGUGUGCCUUCUGUGGGGGUUUGGCCUGGCCCAUCGCAUCAGCGCAGCGAGUGCCCCAAGCUGGAGCACCAGAAUGUACAGGCGAUCUCGGUAACCCAGAAGGAUUACCUUGGUUUAGGCGGUUACGGAGGCGAGAUGGGUAACAUACUUGUGGAAGGGCAAGGAAAAAAUGUUCUGCUGGGGUUGGUGUGGCCUUUGGUGUGGGAGGGGUGCAUGGUUGUGCGUGGGGUGGUGACGGGGGGGUUGGGGGGGUUGGUUGGGGGGGUGGGGUUGCGUUGGGGGGGUGGGGUUGCGUUGGGGGGGUGGGGUUGCGUUGGUGGGGUUGUGUUGGGGUGCAUGGGUGCACCUCCUAUCUCUGACUUUUGUCCAUGUCUCGAGAUGCACGUGUUGCUUGUAAGUGCAAAUUAUGACAAUGUGUCGACACACUAAAUACUGUGACUGAAAGAGGGGGACGUGCUUUGCUUUCUAAAAAGAAAACAUGUUCUUGUCUUUGUCUAAUGCCAUAAUUAUA